AUGUCAAACAACGAUGACCUUUUAACCGACGAUUAUGUCGCGGACCUCUUGUCGCAAGAGGCAAGCGACUGCUCUCUCAAAUAUUCAGCCAUGGGUAUGGAAGCAUAUCGCACGAAUAAGAAACCUGCGAGUAUGAUGAAACCCAAUACCCGAUUUUUACGGCAUAUUAUAAAGGACACCGACAAUCACAACAAGGCGCUGUUAGCCAAAGAAGCCGCCGAGUCCAAGGCACGACUCAAGGAUCUCGAGCGCACGGAAGAAAUCAAGCGAAGCAAGACAAACCCGAGUGUUCAUGACAUUCGACGGCGGCAGAUGGGCGAUAUUCAUGCCAUUUUAGGCGGCAAGAAACGGCCAAGAGACGAAGAUGAGGCUGGUCCUUCUUCGAGGAGAGAUUCGCGACGCGCCGGCAAGGAUCGAAGACAGGAACGCAAACACGACCAGAGAUCAGACGACCUUUUCACAGAUAAGCACAGUGACCAGCGACAACACGGUCGACUGUCGCGCGAUGAUCGUCGCAGUAAGACUGACGACGAAUCGAGGCGUUCGGAUAGGUCACGAAGAGAUCACAGGCAGCGCGAUAGAACACGGAGCAGAGACAGAGACUCCGAAGAAGGAGGUCAUCAUCGUCGCAGUCAAAAACGGAGAGAUAGGUCUAGAUCACCUGCAAGCCGACGACGGUCUCGAUCGCCCAGGGAAUCUAAGAGUAAGCAUCGACAUCGAUCGCCCAGGGAUAAGAGCGAAGACCGCAAGCGGAAGGAAGAGGAGGAAGAGGGAUCGGAUGCCAUGGAAGAUCUAAUCGGACCCGCACCGCCCCCGAAAUAUCGGGGUCGAGGAACAGUGGGAGGGUCUUCGGGUAUCGAUCGACGGUUUUCAGACACAUACGAUCCCAAGACUGACAUACAAAUGGAUGAAGAUGAGGUUGGUAAUGACUGGGAUGAUGCUGUUGAGGCGUUUAGAGACCGCCAAAAGCUACGACAAACCCAGGAGCAACGUCUAAAAGACGCCGGUUUUGUAGACGAGCAAAUACAGCGUGCAAGUGGUGCAGAUGAAAAGUCUGCGGAAAAUGUGCAAUGGUCCAAGGCUGGAGAGAAAAGGGCUUGGGAUGUUGGCAAGGUGAUCGGGUCAGACGGAGUGGCCCAGCCAGAAAUUUAG